GCGGUGCGGUGUCGGGCCGGCGGCGCGGCGCAGUGCAGGAGCCGGAGCCGAGCUGGCAGCGGGGAUCGGCCGGCGGCGGCAGCGACAGCAGAAGCAGGGCGCAGGCAGCACCGCCGCUUCGCUGCCGUCUGGCGGAGCGGGGCGAAGCGAAGCCGCCGGCGGGUCGCGCCGCACCCGUUCGCUGCUCUCUUCCCCCCGCGUUCCCGUGAACCGCUCCCCGCCCGGGUCCCUCGGGUGCAGCAUGAAGUGCGGCGAUGGCCCGGAGAGGUAAGACGGCGGUGAGGACGCUGGAAGACCUGACGCUGGACUCCGGGUAUGGUGGUGCAGCGGACUCUGUGCGCUCCUCCAACUUGUCGCUGUGCUGCUCGGAUUCGCACCCCGCGUACCCCUAUGGAGGAAGCUGCUGGCCGCACCUAACUGACUCCAUGCACAGUCGGCACAACAGCUUCGACACCGUCAACACCGUCCUAGCGGAAGACUCCGAGGUGCUGGACUGCGCGGGGCAGCAGUGCUCCCGGCUCCUGCCCGACCUUGAGGAGGUCCCCUGGAGCCUGGAGGAGGUGGAGGCACUGCUGCUGCCGCCGCCGCGCCGGGAGCCGCGGGCGCCGGGCGCCGCCAGUCCCGGGAGCCGGGAUGCGGCGGCGCGGCUCUCGACGCUGGUGAGCCGGGCGUUGGUGCGCAUCGCUCGGGAGGCACAGCGACUGAGCCUCCGCUUCGCCAAGUGCACCAAGCACGAGGUGCGGAGCGCCAUGGAGAUCGUCCUGGGCUGGACGCUGGCGGCCCGCUGCACGGCAGCUGCCCUCGGCGCCCUCUCCCUCUACAACAUGAGCAGCAGCGGCGGCGACCGCUUCAGCCGCGGCAAGUCGGCCCGGUGCGGACUGGCCUUCUCCGUGGGCAAGUUCUACCGCUGGAUGGUGGACAGCCGCGUGGCCCUGCGCAUCCACGAGCACGCCGCCAUCUACCUCACCGCCGGCACCGAGAGCCUCUUCCGCGACAUCCACGCGCGGGUGCUGGCCGGUCCCGCCGCCCCGCUCCCGCCGCCCGGCCGCCCCCCGGCUGCCGCCGCCGCCCCGGCCGAGAAGGAGAAGGAAGGCGGCGAGGCGCCCCGCUUCACCCUGGCGGCGCUGGAGCAGACGGUCAACAACGACCCCGAGCUCUGGGGCUUGCUGCAGCCCUACCAGCACCUCAUCUGCGGAAAGAACGCCAGCGGUGUUCUCUGCCUGCCAGACAGCUUGAACCUUCACAAGGACCAGCAAAGGUCAAACAAGCCCGGGGAAGUGCAGAUGUUCAGCCAGUCAGAGCUGAGGACCAUCGAACAGUCUCUACUUGCCACACGUGUGGGGAGCAUCGCUGAACUCAGUGACCUGGUGUCUCGAGCAAUGCACCACCUGCAGCCCCUCAAUGCCAAGCAGCACGGGAAUGGGACACCCAUGCACCAGAAGCAGGGAUCCUUCUACUGGGAGCCAGAGGCCCUGUACACCCUUUGCUACUUCAUGCACUGUCCACAGAUGGAGUGGGAAAACCCCAACGUGGAGCCCUCAAAAGUCACACUGCAGACUGAGAGGCCGUUCAUCGUGCUGCCUCCCCUGAUGGAGUGGAUUCGGGUGGCGGUGGCUCACGCGGGGCACCGGCGCAGUUUCUCCGUGGACAGCGAUGACGUGCGGCAAGCAGCCAGGCUCCUGCUGCCGGGAGUUGACUGCGAGCCCCGACAGUUAAAGAUCGACGACUGUUUCUGUGCCUCUCGGAAGCUGGAUGCAGUUGCCACCGAGGCCAAGUUCAAGCAGGACCUGGGUUUCCGGAUGCUUAACUGCGGCCGGACGGAUCUGGUUAAGCAAGCCAUAUCCCUGCUGGGGCCAGAUGGGAUCAACAGCAUGAGCGAACAGGUUGUCAGUACUGCUCAUAAAUACCCAUCCGUCCACCCUGAGACCCGCCAUUGGACAGCUCUGACAUUUGCUGUGUUGCAUGGACAUAUUCCUGUAGUUCAGCUAUUGCUGGAUGCUGGAGCAAAGGUAGAAGGUUCCUUGGACCAUGGAGAGGAAAAUUACUCUGAAACUCCUUUACAGCUGGCAGCAGCUGCUGGAAAUUUUGAACUGGUCAGUUUGCUGUUGGAGCGAGGAGCUGACCCCAUGAUAGGAACAAUGUACAGGAAUGGCAUUUCCAUGACUCCACAAGGUGACAUGAACUCUUUCAGUCAGGCUGCUGCACAUGGACACAGCCAUCCAGAGGAACAUAGAAACAGGAAUGUUUUCCGCAAGCUGCUUGCUCAGCCGGAGAAGGAGAAGAGUGAUAUCCUGUCCCUGGAGGAGAUCCUGGCUGAGGGCACAGACCUGCCCGACUCAGCAGCAGCUCCUCUCUGCGCCAGCCGCAACAGCAAGGCCAAGCUGAAGGCCCUGAAGGAGGCCAUGUACCACAGCGCCGAGCACGGCUACGUGGACGUCACCAUCGACAUCCGCAGCAUAGGUGUUCCCUGGACGCUGCACACGUGGCUGGAGUCUCUGCGCACGUCCUUCCAGCAGCACCGACGGCCCCUCAUCCAGUGCUUGCUGAAGGAGUUCAAGUCCAUUCAGGAAGAGGAGUACACUGAGGAGCUCAUCACACAAGGGUUGCCUCUGAUGUUUGAGAUACUGAAGGCCAGCAAGAACGAGGUGAUCAGCCAGCAGCUCUCUGUCAUUUUCACUCAUUGCUAUGGACCCUACCCAAUUCCAAAGCUCGUGGAAAUUAAGCGCAAGCAGACCUCCCGCCUGGAUCCUCAUUUUCUUAACAACAAAGAGAUGUCAGAUGUCACAUUUCUGGUGGAAGGAAGACCAUUUUAUGCACAUCGAGUGUUGCUAUUUACUGCAUCACCAAGGUUUAAAGCAUUGCUGUCUAGCAAGCCAUCAUCUGAUAGUACUUGUAUUGAGAUCAACUAUGUGAAGUAUCCCAUCUUUCAGCUGGUUAUGCAGUAUCUUUAUUAUGGAGGUGCAGAAUCACUCCUGAUUAAAAAUAAUGAAAUUAUGGAGCUUCUCUCUGCUGCUAAAUUUUUCCAGCUUGAAGCUUUACAACGACACUGUGAGAUCAUUUGUGCAAAAAGCAUUAAUACAGAAAACUGCGUGGAUAUUUAUAAUCAUGCCAAGUUCCUCGGCGUCACAGAACUAUCUGCCUAUUGUGAAGGAUACUUUCUAAAAAACAUGAUGGUCCUCAUUGAAAAUGAAGCUUUCAAACAGUUGUUGUAUGACAAGAAUGGAGAAACAUCUGGUCAGAAUGUACUAGAGGACUUACAGAGGACGUUGGCCACAAGGAUUCAGUCAAUUCAUUUGUCUUCUUCAAAGGGCUCCGUUGUGUAAAGCUGAGGAAGGUGGUAACCCUCUAAUCAAAGACCCUGCAAGUUAAGUCUUCUGUUGCAGUUGCUCAAACCUGUUGCAGUUGCUUAAAUGACUACAAAAAAAAGAAAAUGUAAAAAAAUCUACGUCGCAUCCCAACAGUUCUGUUUCGGCCAAAGGUGCCGCGCUGGGGCUGUGUCCCCACCUGGAUGAGAGAAUACAGAAAACAAAGUUCCUCCCUGAUUUUGAGCAAGCUGGGUACCAGAGUAUCCAGUGAAUUGCCCUUGUACUCCCAUUCUGAACACAAACCUGUUCGUGGAGCUUGGUGCCAACAAAAGCCAGAACUCACAUCAGUGAACAGCAGAAGUCCCUGCCUAAAGGGUAGUGCUGGGGAACGCCUGAAUUGACCAAUCAAUCAUUUAAGUCAGAUUUGUUCCUGUGUUACACAGUUAAGAACUAUAUCUAUCCCAGAGUCCAUUAUCUUGUGCAUUUAAGUAAUGUAAGAACUGUUAUUGCUGUCCAGCAAAGAUCAGCUGUAUUAGAGAGUGGGUAAGACUGUUACAGUUGAGGAAAUAUACUGGCAGAUUUUUAGGGGUGGGAACUUUUUAAACUGUUCAUAAAAAAUAAUGGGGCGGCCUUGUAGUUAAAAAUUCUAUUUCUUAAGUUUAAAGUUUCAUUUUCAACAGAGCUGUGUUUGAGAAUCUAUGUAACAUGUUUUGGUUUUUUAAAUGGUAAAAUGUACAUUGUGUAAACACACAUAUGGUCAAGUUUUGCUUGUAUUCUUUCCUAGGGUGGUAUAAUCUUGCCUAAGAGGCUAUGGUUACACCAAAGAGGCACAUUACCCAGACUGUCUCUAAUACAGUAGUUGUGGGGGCAGGAGAACUGCAUGCUACUCGUGAUUUGGGGUUGAAAUCAAUGACAAACUCAACAAACAUGCGUUUGCAUGGUAACUGUACCUGUGAAAUGUUCUGUUCAUGCUUCGUUUUGCCAAGACAGAUGCAAUGUUUCUUCUUGUCAAACUUCAUUUGUGAAAUUAGCUUUUUUUUUUAUCUGGUGUGAUUGGCUGCAAUAUGAUACCUCUGGAGCUCCUUCUUGAGAUGCUGAUUUCUGUUUGUUUCAGUGAAGAGAUAACAACAGAUCUUUAAUUUAGUGAUUUGUGGAUAUUUUGCUACUGGCCAGAGAUUGUGUCUCAGUUAGACUUUUUAAAAUUAUAAUUAAAUAUGUACUGUAGAAUGAUUUCUCACUGUAUCCUGAGAAUUUAUAGGUAAUCAACCAUGCAGGGCUUGGGUAGGGUGGGGUGGGGGCGUGUGAUUGAAAUGUCAGAUGUCAGCUUUGUUUAUUUUGCAGCGGAUUGUUAGCAAGACAAAUCUGUUAUGUGCCACAACAUUCUGGAUGCCCUCUCUGAAAACCACCGUAAGAAGCAGGCAAAGAUGUUGCCUUCUCCAUGGCAAAGUGACAUUAAUAUAUUUAUUUUCUAGCGUGCCAUUCUAAGAAAUUUAGAAGUUUGCCUGUUAACCUCUUUUUCUUUUGUUGAAGCAUCUACAUCAUGCCUUCCAUGUUCCAGCUUUUGACGUGCUCAGAGAACACAGCUAUCAACACAGUAGAAAACUGUUUUAUGACUCUGAGGUAUAAAUCCUCCCUUGUGCUUGGUCUUCUAAAGCCUCUACAGUUUCUGCAACAAAUGACAAAAUGUCUAAACUGCCACUAAUGUUGCAGAGACACUGCAUGACAGUCAAUUAGAUCUUGUUUUCUGCAUAGUAGAUGUUCACACAAGAUGUUGUCUGGAACUUGUAAGUAACAGCUACUUCUUAGUGAAUGUUAUGAUCAUAGAGGAGCAAGACGAUAGUUGAUACAACACAACACCCAGAGGUGCUUGUUGUUGCUUGGUGUGCCUUCUCAUCCAUGGAAACCCAUCCUUCUGUGACAAAAACAACUAGUUAAGAGCAGGCCUCACCUUGCAGCCUCAUGGUUUAAUACAGCAAAGUUUUUCAAACAAUAAUCAUUGUAUUAAAUGGGAGGGAAGCACUGGUAACUCCAUGCUAAUCCUUCUUCUGAGUUGAGAGUGUCUGUGGUAAAGUUCACUAGGUUUCUUUCAGCAAUAAAGGGGUUAAUAGGGGCUUUGGUGGCUGCACGAGGGGUGGUCACCAGUUUGGGGACCCUGAGCUGUUACAGGAAAGGACUGUAGCUAAGGAUUUAUAUAGGAAUAACUUUUGGAAAAUGGUGGUAAUCCAAACAUCACAGAUGUAUAGCUGUAGGAAACCUGAAAAGAGUCAUAGCUUUCAAUUCUUUUUUGACCAGUGGUUCCCAGGACUUUUGCCAGCAGAAAAGCCAGCCUGUGUAAACCUAGCAUUGAUUUCUCCUGGAAGCAGCCAGCAAACCUUUGUUGAUCCACAAACCAGAAUUUGGAAAUGGUGAUUUUAGUCUGCCUCUCCUGAUGUAAGGCUGGGUGAGGUCCAGUUAAGCCAUGCCAGACAAUGUGCAGUUUGCAGACUCUUCGAAAGUCCAGUCACAGGGAUCCAUGAUCUUCACCACUCUCAUAAGCAGAAGGUUUUCCUAAGAGACUUCAGAAUUUCUUCAUUGCAAAUCAAGCCACUUUUCCUUCGAGUCCUGAUUGACAAGAAAAACAGAUGAUCUUACAAGACUUUUUUAGAAAGUUAUUCUAUGUGUGAAAGGAAUUGUCCUCCUUGCAUCACUAGUGUAUCUUUCCAAGUUCUUUGUUAGUGUUUUCUGAUUUUUGGUGUCAUUCCCCUCAUGGCUUCCCAUUUUCCCCGAAUUACCAUACUUCAGCAGGAGUUUUAUACAUUAGCAAGCAAAGCAGAGAAACUGUUGCUGUAGUUUAUGUAAAGCAUAUCAGAAAAUAUAUUCCUAGAUAUUUUCUGCAAGAACAUCCCAUGGCUGACUUUGAUCUAGUCUGUCUUAUUCCUGAGGGAUUCACUGCUGCCUUCCCAGGAAUUCCAUCUUUAUUUAUGCAUUUGCUUACUACACCUUUCAAAGUAUAACACUUUCAAUUUCUCCUUAUUAAAUUUGUUCUGCUCUAAUCAGGGCAAUUUCCCCACUUCAUCAAGAUCAGUUGCAAUUCUGAUCAUGUCUUCUAGCCUGUUUCAUAAUCUCCAGCCUUUAUUAUAUGUGGCUUCAUGCAUGGAUUCUUCAUUCCAUUAAUCUGGGGCAGGGGAAAGGGCUCUUGUCAAUUUAAUCUAAAAAGCAAUGUGAGUUUCAGUGGGUACCCAUGAAUACCAUCCCUAUCAGAUAAGGCUAUUUCCAACAGAGCAUUUUAUUAGCUUUUUUUUUUUUCAGACAUGGUGUUAUCAUCUUAGAAAAUAAAAAACUUUAUCUUCUUUUAGUCUUUGUAUGAAUUGCAAUAGUGUACAAAUUUUGAGGCCAAAUAUUGCUUUCAGUCUUGGUAAAAUGGAAAAAAAAUACAACAUCCUUAGAAAAACUUAGGAUUUUCUUUUUUAAUCAUAAUUUUCCAUCCUCUAAUGAGUGAAGUUGCCUUUCCAUCUGUCAUUUUUAUACUAAUCCACUGCUGUAAUAUUUGAGGACUUACAGACAUCCUGUCCUUGCCUCCUGGCAGAUUUUUCCUUAUAUCCCUACAUGGUUCUCCCUUAGUUUCCAGAAUUUCCUCACAUUCCCAUUUUGCUUCACGUGCUGCCAGUUUCCACACUUCCCAGUUUUUUACUCUAGAGCCCUGCUGGAUUCCUUCCCAAGCCCUGAAGUGGUCUCUGUGUUGUCCUGAAUAGUUGAUUUUCCAAUAAUUGGCUCAAGAGCUGGGAAGAGAAGAGGAUGGGGAAUGUAGGAGGGCAAAGGUUUUGGACAUUGCAGGGGAAGGCUGGCAUUCUUUUCAUUACAAAUUUCAGCACUGACAACUUGUUUCUCUGGUUUUCCCCUGAUCUAUUCCUUAGGCCUGCUGUCCUCUAAACACAGCUGGUGGCCAGAUGCUCUCUGUUCUGGAACAGGGCCAGCUUUCUAAUGGCUCAGACUACUUUUUCCCCAGCUAAAACUUCUGCCUGCUUGGUUUCAGCUCUGGAGUAGAUUUGUAAAAAAUGUCUAUUAAAGACAGGGGAAACAUCCCUAAAAAGGUGCGAAGGUUUAGUAGCCAGGCUCCUGUUGGCACUAAUGAGAGCUGCUUGCUGAAUUCUCCACAUGCUGCUUCGGACACCGAGCCUUUUUCCACUGAAUAUCCACUGGCUUCAUACCAAAUGUUGCACAAGUCCUGGAUAGGCUGUACUGUGUGAUGUGCUGAAAUUCUAGUUUUGUUUCAAGGCAUAGCAACAUGUGCUGCUCUUUAAAAGUUAAAAAUAAAAAGGAAAGUGGUCUGUUUGCACUGAAAUAAACUGCUCUGAGGUGCUGCAGUGAUGAGAAAGAAAGGGCAUCUCUUCUUCCCAGCUGUACCUGCCUAAAAUCAGAGGAGGCUUCUGUUAUGGCAUGGAAUGCCGCCAGGUCUGUGGGGAUUCAGGCAUGCAGGACCCUGUCCAAGUGGGGUUUUUUAAGGUUAACACAUUCACAUACUCAAGAUGAAAAUUAGGCCAUCCUAGAAAAAAAAAAAAACCAGCCGUUCCUCAUGCUCCUAUCUAUGGAUUAAAUCCUGGGAGAAGCUGGAAUCCUGCAGAUCUAAUUGAAGUCAGUUGCACAUAUUCAGGGUCCCUCAGGAGCUGGCUCUAUCUUAAAAAUACUGCUGAAAGAUGACAACCUGAAACCUGCAUUCACUAAAGCUGCCUCUGAAGCCACUGGCUUGGGUUUGGGUUUUUUUUCGUUGGUUGGUUGGUUAGUUUUGGUUUUGGUUUUGGUGUUUUGUUUUGGUUUUGGUUGUUUGGGUUUUUUUGCUCAAUGAGAGCUACCUAAAGCCAAAGGCUUUAAGUUAGUUGGUUUGACAAAGUGUCUUUCAUGUGAGGCUCUGCAAGUGCUUUACAGAAAUGAAGGGCCUGCUGUUGCUUUCAUUCUCUGGCACAGAGAUGUUGAGAUUUCUAAGAAUUAAAAGAACUGCCUAGGGUUUCAUCUAAAAUUUAAUAAACUAGUUUGGAGGAAGUUAGCCUUGAAAUAGCCCUCAGAUAAUAUCUGAAACCCCAUAGAUAAGAACAUUACUAAUUUUAGAUUACAACCUACAAGCAAACAAAUGUGCCGCACUUCCAUACAUUUGUAGCAAAAAGAUUAUGUUAUUUUUUAACUUGUUACUUAUUUUGAGGUAAGGCCUGUUACCUUUGGUGGGUGAAAACAGAGGCUGGCCACUCUGACCAGAUUAUCACAUUUCAGUACUAUUGCACCUGACCUGCAAUUUGUAAUUGGCCUUGAAGUGCAAAAAACAGCAAAGCCAAGUCUUCAGCUGUGGCUCAAUGCUUCGUGACUUCAGUGAGAACCCUGCUGAGAAUAUUAUUCAUGUGGUGCCCAAAGCAGAAGAAAAAUCUGGAAAUCUGCAGAUAGACUAAUGGGAAUUUGUCAGCUGCCUUCAGUGAGCCUUUGAGAUGGGGAAGCAAGCUCAGUGUGGGUAGGAGGAGGGCAUUCUUUUUUUUUUUUUUUGUUGCCAUUAGCAUGCCAUUUUUUUUUGUUGUUGCCAUUAGCUCUGUCCAAGGCUUAUUGCAUGGAACAGCCAUGAAUGGCCUAGAGUGUGUUUAUCUUGGAUGCCUGCACAGGACUUAAAUGUGGUAUCUCACCACUUCAAAGUCAACAGUCUCAUUAGAUGAUGGGGUUUGUGCUUUGCUUGGACUGCUUGUCACUAAAACACCCAGGAGACACAGCAGCAAGUUACAAGAGAGGUUGUGUUGGCUGGAUAGGUUAAAUUCUACAAACACCUUGUGCUUUGCAUGUUUAGUUGACUAAAUCUGUCCACUUGAUUGUACCAGAGGAACAACUUUGCGGUUUCUUUUUCCUUUGGAGAGGCAUUUUUCACCUUUCUUUGGGCUGACAGUUUUGUUCUUUCAUCCUGUAGAGGCAGCGAUGCUGUGUGAAUGGGCAUGCUUAGCUUAGGCACAGGUUUCUGUCCAUGCUGGAUGGCACACUAAUGAAGAGGUCUUAGUAAGGGAAGAGGACUAGGUAAAAGAAUUUAAAUGUAUAACCUUAGAUCUUUGCCUCUGAUUCCAGAGGUAUAGUGUCCACUGUUGGCUAAUUCAUUUGUUCCCCAACUCAGAGUUUCCAGGAAAUCAAAGGGAAGGGGAGAGCAGGAAGAGGAGAAACAGCCCCAUCUCCUACCGCCUGCUUGGCAUUCCCAACCAGCCCAGUUGGCUCCAGUCCCUUCAGUGCUCACACAGAGGGUUUGCUUGGUCCCAUGCUCCAAUAUGGCCAUGGAGUUGAAGCAAUUGGUGGCACUUUCUUGUUCUUAAAAAUAUCUUCACUGCUGCUGCUGGUUAACUUUGGUCUUUCCACUCCCCACCAUCUCUGCUACUGUGUUACCAUUAAAACUUCCAUUAUUUGGCUUUGCCUAGCACAGUGAGAGGCAAUCUUUCUUACUGCCUUUCUGAAGCAAACAAAGACAGGGAAAAAGCCUUGCUGAAAAAUCAUUUAUGGUUUACAAUAAGUCUCAAAAGAAAAGGGAGAUCCUCAGAAACAAAAAAACCAAAAACAAACAAACAAACAAAAAAAAAAAAAAAAAAAAAAGAGACUGCCACUUCAGGAAAAUCCAGUGUGUUAGGAGGUAAUUUUAAUUAAUUGAGGUCAAAACCUUAUUCUGUCAGGGACAGAUUAACAUGUUUCAAAACAUCUGGACUUGUUAAAGCUACAGGUUCAAGAGAGUCCAGCCUUACCCUUUCCCCUUCCCAGCAGUGGAUAAGUUGAAUAUCCUGUAGCUUGCUGCGUGAUAGGCUUUCAGAUGAGCCUUUCCAAAGUCAGGUUCUCUCUGUUCUGCAUAGCUUUUGAAGAGCUCACAGCACAUCUGCAGGCUGGGAAUCGCCCCUCAGCACAGUCGAAAGCCUCCUGUGCCCCAGCACUGGUUGUGGGGCAGAAAGUAGGAAGGAGCACAGGAAGCCCCUGGAGCCUCAUCAGAGUGAAAGCUGCUUUCCCAGCACCCAAGCAGUCUCUUGGUCAAAUUCCCUGCUUAACCCAGUCAGUUCAAUACCUUGGGAACUGAUUUUUUCCUUGCAGUUAUUAAGUCAAUGACUAAUUGUGCCAUUUGGGGAUGCAGUAAAAUGUGCAGUCUUCUUACUUCAGUUGUGAGUUAUGUUUUUCCAUUGAAGAAUACAUGGACUAUAGGAAUGUAUCUCAGAGCUUUCUGACCUCAUGUUCCUGGACAAGUUCCAAUUAGUACUAGAAAAACUUGACCUGUUUUAAGUCCCAUCAGUGCAUUUUGGCCAGCAGGUUGCUUCCUGUCCCUGUUUCUCUGGAGCCUUUGCAGCUGUUGUGCAGCCAUAUGUGCUGUGCCAGUGGGAAGCAGAGGUGCCUGAGCAUAAUGCAGACACCAAAUAAGUAAAUCCCACUCUCUGCAAUGCAGGACAUUCCUCCUACUGAUCUCUUUGGUAUUAUGGGGAAGGUUGAAUAAUGGAUCUCUGCUGUUUACAGACCCAAGUUAGGAUCAGUGCUCUUCUUCCUCACUCUCUCUUUGCUCUGCCAUCUACCACAGAGAGGAGGGGAAAGGAAAUACCACAUUCUCUCAACCUGCCCUCCCCACCACCAGUAAUAGGGUGGCUGCUAGAGUGUCCUUCAGUCCCACUCCUCUGAAAGCUUCUUGUAAUGCUAUUUGUACAUGAGUUAUUCUUAGAGCAUGCUUUGCAUUAGGUCAAACUCUGGAAAGCAUCUCAAGUCAUUCAUGGCAGAAGUGAGAUUGCAAGACAUUCAAUUCCAGUCAUCCAUGCUGAGAAUUUUCUGUUUCUUUCUUGUUUUUGGUGUUGUGUUGAUUGGCUGGUUUGGGGGGGGAUUUGGGGGUUUUGGGUUGUUUUUUGUUUGUUUGUUUUGUUUGUUGUUUGGUUUGGUUAUUUUUCCAUUGGGAAGAAAAGAUGAAGCAUCUGCAAUGUUUUGGAUUUUGUGUCUAUAGUUACCACUGUGUGUAUGUUCAAGAAAGAGAGAUGGACAGUAAAUAGAUCUAUGGGAGAUGUUAUGAGGUGUGAAAUCAUGUUUGUAAUGAGAUUUCUUGUUAAUGGCAGUCAGCCUUCCUUGACGCUAAGCAUUAAUGCAAUAUCCAUUAGUGUAGCUCUGCUCCACUUUCCCAAAUGGGUUUCACUUUGUACCUAGUUUAGCAUUUAUAAAUAUUUGAUACAGGGUUCAAGGAAUAAUUUACAUGUUAAAAAUGUAUGAAUGUUCUAUGAAAAAAUACAGGUUAAGUUUCUACUAUAACAUCAUUCUCAAACCAAAACAUGAAAGUGUGAUGAAAUUUGCUCCACGAAAAUGGUUGGAAGCCUUUUCAUUGAUUUCUCUAGUCUGUGGAUUAGGUCUGUUUUCCAUCUCUCUUCCAUACUGUGUCACCUCUGAAGUCCUUGCAGGCCAAAUGCAUAUCUGUAAUUAGAAAGCACAGUCUUGAUCUUUAAAUGGAGAAUGACCCACUUAUGAAAGCAACACCUAAAUUAGGAAAUCCUGGUGUGAACAUCCUGUAAAUAUGGAAGAACUUUGUCAGUGGGACAGCUCUUUGUUUCCUUUCUGCCUUUUCACAUCCACUUCCACCUGUCCCUGAGAUGUCUUGGAACUGGAAGCUAGGAAAAAAAAAGUGAAAACAAGAGGAAAGGAUGUGCCAGAAAUAAGAUACGCAGAACCACUGUGCUCAUCUUGAUUUUUUGUUGGUUUUAGGCAGACUCCUAAUUUGUGUAAUACAAACCCAGGAAUGGUUAUGAUUAUUUUGCAUUUGUUAUGGUUGUUACGAAUUUGGGGUUGGGGUUUUUUUUCUAGCAAAGUGGUUUUGUUUGCUGUCAUCUUUUGUUGGGGUUUUAUGUGAAGGUUUCAUUUCACUUUUUAUUGAGAAGGAAAUGAAGGAUCACAUAACCCGACAGCCAUCAUCAACAAACACAGGGCUCCUGUCCUCCAUCACACAGAUGUGGCUUAAAUACUGGUGUGUGGCUUCACAGGCAUGUUUGAGGUCAUCUAUAAUUAACAACACAGGUGAAACUCUCUUCCCCUUUGCUUACCCAUUUAUGGUGGAUAAAAACAAAAUAACAGAGUCAGAGUAUGGACAAUAGGAUGGCAGAUGUUUUUCAAUGGAGAAAGAUUAUAGCUAAGAAAUAAAAUGUUUCUGGAACCAAAUAUUUUUCUCAAAAGAACAGAGAGACAUCUGUAGCUCAUUCAAAGAUGUUGUUCUCUUGAGUGUGUUAGAUGCUUUUGAAAAUCGCCCGGUUUGUGCUGUUAAUGAUCCAGCACAAGCCCUUCCACUGGAGAGACUAACUGAGGGCACUCAGAACUAAGGCAGAAGGGAAUGUAUGAAAAAGAGAGGAGCUCAGACAUAAUUUGAGGCGGCAGCUUUGUUUGCUUUUGUCCACUGUGUCCACAACUUGAACAUUAUUUUAAAGGGCAUGUUUGUAUUUAAUUUCUUUUCAAUCCUUUUUUUAAUUGCUGAAGCACUCUCACAGCAUCUUCUCCGAGUGCACCUUAGGUCAUCUUAAACACCAUUUAAUGUCUGUCUGAUGCUGAUCCUUUUAUAAUCUCCAAUGAGAUUAUGAUUCAUUUGUCAUUGCUGGAUGACAAAUUAAUUGUAACAGCCUUAACAAAAAUCUUAUUUUGUUAAGGCUGUAUAAAGGCACUGCAGCAUGUGAAACCAGCAAGUUGAUUUUUAUUGCAUUACUUUGAAAAAGAAAAAAACUAAUGAGAUCUUUGUUUCUAGUGUAAAAAGGCUCCCCUUUGCUUGAGAGGACGCGUGCAAAGCCUCUGCUGUGAAUGCCUUGAUAUAAUCAGCUUACAAAAUGAAGGAAAAUGGUAUUACAGAAAAAUUUUUGAGGAACAUAACUGCAGUGGAGCAG